GUCCACUUUCCACACUACAGAUGAUUACACUUACAAUCAGAGCCUAAUUAUUUACUUUUGUCUUUGCCACCUUUACUCUUUACUUGUGAUUCACUAAAUGAUACCUCUAUUUUGUACAGACAUAGUUUUUCUUUUAUUUGGUUAUGGAUCUUCUCGGUGUUUUUAAUAAGCACUUCAGGGGAGAGAUCAUGUUGAGGUUUUAUACUUCUUUUUGUGUUCUGUCAUGGUCCUGGAUUUUUGAUGUUUUUGGGUUUUUAAGGAACUACAUAUCCAGAUUGUGGGCUGUUGAUGAAAGGAAAUUGAAUUCUGUUGUUUUUUCUCAAUCAGUUCAUGACGACGAUGACGAUGAUGAGGAUGAUAAUGAUGAAUUCUUUAGAGAGUCUGCGAGUGAUGAGUAUGUUGAGAAAGAGUUUUCAGAAUUUUCUUUUGGAUUUAAGAAGUAUGAUCAGGAUUUUAGAGAAACAGAGUGCUCUGUUUCCUCUGUUUCGAAUUAUCAGUUCAUGUCGAGUAGGGAUGUGAGUGGUUUCGUGCAGGUGCCGGAAACGAUGAGCUUCUCUGUUGAAGAGUCUUUUGAAGGUUUUAUCGAAAAAGAUUUGAUUUUGUUCAAUGGGGUUACAAGAAAUAAAGAUUUUGUGGAAGAAGAUCUCGAGGGUUUAAGAAAAGAAGAGUCUGAUCAGUUUAUUGAUUUAAAGGUUUCGGAUUUAAGAAAAGAUCAACAAGUCACUUCACAAGUAGAGUUUGUUCAGCAAGAUCAAGGUGAGGACUCUUUAGAAGAGAGUGGUCUGAAGGAGAAAGAAGAAUUACAGUCUGAAAUAGAUGAGCUUUCUCAGAAUCUUGAAGAAGGAACAAAGGGAUCUUCAUUGGAAAGCUCAGUGGAUUCGAGAGAGAUUAUUAGUACCAGAAAUUCAGGCUCUUCCGAUGAGGAAAAUUUAACUUAUAAUAAAUUUAGUUUCAAUGAUAUUGAUGAUGAUGACGAGUUUAUAGAAUUGGAACCCCGUCUGCAUCAUUCAGUUGAUGGUAUUUGUAAUGAAAGUCCAGCUGAUGGUCUUGAUAAAGAAAGCCCUCAUGACAAUUCACAUAAUAACGAGACACCGCCUUUAAAUGGUUUGGAAAAUUCUGAAGAACGCUGUUCAGAGGAAAGUAAAUCAAUGGAAUGGGAAUCUGAUGAAGACGAUGAAGAGGACGACAUUUUGUUGGAACACAAGUAUUUGAUUGAACAGAUGAAGAUGGAGGCCAAACAUUCAAGAAACGGAGGACUUCCUACAAUCCUGGAAGAAUCCGAAACAACAACAAAGAUUCCUGAUGAUUUGAAGCCACUGCAACUCGACGAAUCAUUUGACCAUUCUGAUCGUAUGGAAGAAAUUCAAAAGUUCUACAAGAGCUACUCUGAAAAAAUGCGAAAAAUGGAUAUCUUGAAUCGCCAAACAAUGCAUGCAAUUAGUUUUAUUCAGUUAAAGGAGCCUGUGAAACGUAUUUCAAGCCAAAAAUCAGCGGUUUCAGCAAUGAAAUCUAUAUUUCUGAAUAACUUCAAUCAAGGAAAACUACGUAAAAUUUAUGCUGAUCAGACAUUGAAGAAGUCCAUGAUGGAUUUGCACAGAGAUUCGGAACGUGUAUAUGUUGGACAAAUCUGCAUUUCAUGGGAGAUCCUGCAUUGGCAGUACUUAAAAGCUCAAGAGCUGCAAGAGCAUGAUUCUCAAGACUGUCAUACUUAUAACCAAGUUGCAGGGGAAUUUCAACAGUUUCAAGUGCUUUUGCAUAGAUUUAUAGAGGAUGAGCUAUUUCAAGGACCAAGAGUACAACACUAUGUCCGCAAACGAAUGGCCAUCCUCAGCCUUCUUCAAGUUCCAAUCAUCAAAGAUGAUCGUUUCAAGAAUAAACCAGUGAAAGAAGAGGAUGCAAUUUCGAUAGCAGUGCUAAAACAAAUCAUAGAGGAAUCAAUGCGUGUUUUCUGGGAAUAUCUCCAUGCUGACAAACACGAAGAUUCUUACGUGUUGAAGCGAUUUCACAGCACCAAGCUUAAUCACCAAGAUGCUGCAGCACACAUAGAGCUUCUAAUGGAUAUCAAGUCAAAGCUUCAGAAGAAGGAGAAAAGACUAAAAGAGAUACUGAGAAGUAGCAACUGCAUAGUAAAAAAGAUACAAAAACAUCAAGGGGGAAGGGUGAAGCAUGAUUUACUCAUUUGUCAGGUGGAGUUAAGGUUAGUUUCGAGAGUAUUGCAUAUGUCAAGGUGUACCACAGAUCAGCUAAUAUGGUGUCUAACAAAGCUAAACAAGAUUAACAUUGUUAAUCGUAAAGUUUCUGUAGAACCAUCAUUUUUACUUUUUCCAUGUUAAAUUUGUGUACCUCUUAACACUAGUAGAUCCGCAGCAGUAUAGUACACAUAUAUAGUUCUAGAAUACAAAAGUAUAACUUGAAGGAAAAUUAGCUUUGCUUGAACUGUAGUUUUUGCAGUUCAGUAUAUAUACAAGGAAGCUUCUUUGGUUCA